UGGCCGAGCUGGGAAUGAGAAAGUGAAAAGACGUGUUGGGUCAGUCACACCUGACAGCUCUCCGACUGCACGGCACAAAACGGGAAAAGUUUCAAAACUCCAAGAGAAACACAAGCCAGCAACGACCGAGAGAGAAAAGCAAACGGAAAAGGAAACAUGAGGGAAACGGCAAAGAAGGGAAAUGGAGAGAAGAGGAUUAUGGAUGUUUCUGGAAGCAAAAGUGAUGAUGAUGGGACAUUUCUGGUGAAGAUUCAGGGUGGAGGUGUUGAUGCAUUUGAACUGCAGGUGAAUGGAUUCUGGCUGGUCCAGGAUGCCAUAAUGACAAUCCUGGGCAGAGAAGAGGUAGCACCCCGCACGUCUCUUGCUCUCGCCCUUUCAGGAGUGACCCUUGACCCCCUGGCUGAACUCCGGGAUGUCAAGGGAUUCAAAAGCGGAGUGACUCUCCGUCUAGUGGAAGAGCCGUACUCGCCUCGGUCGGCACAGGCUCACCUGUCACGUGUGCAAGAAAUGCUGAGAGCCGCCGGACCCCAGGAUGCCGUGUUGGAGGGGCGAUCACCGAGUGUGCUUCACACGCUUACACAGACAGCAGAAGCCCCUCCUACACUCCACUCAUCCAAAAACAGACGAGGCAAUAGUAAAUCAGAGCAGUCGGCUGAAGCUCCAUCCCCUCCCGUCUACAUCCAACCCGGAGCUUCAGACCUUCCCCCUUUGACAACCCUGCUGCCCAACAAUGCACACAAUGAUACUUCCAGUUACUUGGUAGACCUGUCACUCAGUUGUUGGAAUCCACCGCCUGGAUUUAGGAAACUGCAGGGUGACUUUAUGUACAUCAGUGUCCACACGUUGGAGGGCAAACAGUGUGACAUCACUUCUUCCCCACGUGGUUUUUAUGUGAACAGAUCGACUUUUGAUGUGUUUGACCCUCGUCCUGCGGCGUCCACUCCAGUGUAUCACUGCCUGACCGAUCUGCUUUCCCAUCUCAGCCCAAAGUUUAAACACAACCUCAGUGCACAAAGACACAGGCCGUCACUUCCAGCAGAGGAGAAUUUGCCCACUCUGAACCGCACACUUAGCUGGUUGGGAGUCUCUUCCAUUCACUCACAUAAAUCCAGUUUCAGUGGUCGUCUGGGUUUGGAUCAGGACCUCAACACACAGGCUCCUGACUGGAACAAAGAAAUCCAAGCAGCCAGAGAUCUUCCACAGAGAACCUUAGAGGAGAGACUUCAUAGAGACAGAGCUUUACUACAGGUCAACAGUGCUUUUGUGGCUGCCGUCGCUCAGGCCGCAGAAAGAGUCAUUGAUGGUUUUGUCGACCCUCUCAACGAUUCUCACGAGGAACCGGCUUUCUUAUGGGGCGGUGUGUUCAUGGGGGUGCCGGUCCGUGGUGAGGAGUGGAUGGGUGGAGAACGAGGCCACAAGGCGGCUCAGCGUCUCGAACUGCGAGGGAUUCAAGUUUACAGCGACCUGGAAGGAGACCUCCAAAACUUGCACACCAUCCCCACAGCUCUGGCAGACUACCGCGGCGUUCGUUUGUCUGCGCAGGCCCUGGCUCCUGGACUCCAGGGCCCCGAGCAAGCUGAAGUACCGAACGGCCUAUUGUAUGGAUUCACCUUGGGGCCGUUGGAAAAUCCAGCAAGACGGAAACUCCUAGAACUACUGGCUCAUUCGGCAAAGGCUAUUGCUCUGCAAAGACACGCUGUCCUGGGGCCGUCCGGUCAUCAGUUUCCCCUCUUUACUUCUGUAGAUGCCCAGGGAAUACUGGGGGCCGAUGGUCGGUAUUACUUGCUGGAUGUGUAUCGUACCAUGCCUGCUGAUACCAAUUUCCUGGUGGAAGAUGGAGUAGAAACGGAUUCGGGAGAUGAGAGUUUUCCUAGGCGGUAUCCUCAUGGCUUGUGCCGUUUACGACCGGAGCUAGUAAAGGCGUUUAUUCAGCACAAACACGCUCAGUUUUCGGCAUGUGUGAAAGCUCGCAUGGAGGAGAACGGAGGAGUUGAGGAGUGCAUGAAAGCCUGUGACUCCCGCAGCACGGAUGCAGUGCGAGCCGCAUGCAAAGAUGUGGGAUCCGUCAGUGACAUCAUCUUUGAGAUGCGUUUUAUCCCCAACGUCUACUCACCAGGUGUGCAGUUUCCAGAUUCAGAAAAAAACACUUUAGAGCUACAGAAAAGAUUACUGAAGGAGGCUGCAUCUUUCAUCAUCAAUGACCAGAUACCAGCGUUUAUGAAUGACUGUAUUCACGCCUCUGACGUACCCAUGGAUGGUGCCACUUUACGACAAGCUCUGCAUCAGAAAGGCAUAAACCUGCGCUAUCUAGGUCACCUGGUACGGACCAUUAGCCAAUCAGAUCUCAAAGAUCAACUGAGGCAUAUCACGAGGUUACUCUUCACAGAGAUUGUAGUGCGCUGUGCACAAAGGUUAUUUAGUGGCUACAUUCAGGGGGUGGAGACAUCGAACAUGUCUGCAGCAGUGAGUCAUUUCCUCUGCUGCUUAUUGGUGCCUCACUUCAGUUCAGCAUCAAACGGGGAGGAGUCUAAGAAGCGCUCUAGGAGGCGUGGCCGUGGAGGGGGAGGAGCUACAGAGAGCACCACAUGGAGUACACUAAGCGGCAAUGAAUUGUGGAGUUUUAUAUGUCAGGAUGCUCAAGAAACCUACAGACUUAAAGAAGGACUGGGGUCAAAUGUGGACCAUCUAGUCGAGCACUAUGGAUUGCAGAAGAUUUCCUUGUUAAGAGAGAUGUGCUUGAAAACUGGCAUUCAGCUCCGUCUUCGAGAGUACGUUCUCGACAACCGAAACAAACCACCCAUCUCCCCUGAUGACGUGCUCAACAUCCUGUCCGUCAUUAAACACAUAACCGUGACGACCGCUGAUGCCACCAAGAUGCUCCAGGCAGCUCAGAACUGCCUUCAGAAAGGGUUACUGGAGCAGGCGUAUGAGAAACUCAAAGAAGCUUCAUAUCUGUUUGGUCGUGUGUGUGAUGACCUUCAUCCAGAGGCCUGUCACUGUCUUAGUCUCCUGGCAAAAACAGCCUAUUUACAGGGGCGAUCUGCUGAGGCUCGUAGUGUGCAGCUGAGGGUUGUAGUCAUCAGUGAAAGGGUUUUAGGAUUUGACCAUCCCAACACAAUUCAGCAAUACGUGCUGUUGGCUGUGUAUCUGUUCGCCGGAGGUGAAACGGCUCUCGCUCAGCGGUGUCUCUAUCGUGCCAAAGUUCUUUUGUUGACGGUUCAUGGCGGGGAUCAUCCUUACACCGCAGUUAUUGAUGCGUCUCUUGGAUUGGUUCUUCAGGGAGAGCAGUCAUUACAGUAUCUACAGAGUGCACUGAAAAUCAACAGCUCAUUUAGAGGAGACAACCUCACAACAGCUCUCAUUCACCACCUACUAGCUCAGAGACACUGUGUGGCCGGCGACUACAGAGGAGGUAUGAACCAUGAAAAAGCAGCUCACAGCAUCUUCCAGAAUAAGUGGGGUGACGAUCAUCCCCAAACUAAAUGCAGUUCUGACUUCCUGAAGAAUAUUACCCAGCAGGCUGUGCGUGUGGAGCGGUCUAUACGUCAGGGAGGCGUGGAGCUUCCAGAAACACCACCCGAGAGUUUGGUUCCUUCUCUGGACACCACACUGGAGCAGCUUGCUUUGGUCAAUGGCAUACUGAAGACUUCAUACAGCACAAGAAUAAUGGAGUUCAAAGAGAAGCUCAAAGAGAUUAAAGCAGCAGAAGAGGCUGAAAAAGCGAAAUCACAGUCAACCGUUGAGAAAGACGCGUCAGGGAUGCAGGCCAAUGAUGGAGAAACGACUAAGGAUGAGAAAACCAAUGGCAAGCACGAGGCUACUGAAGAAAAUUCAACAAGUGAACAUAGUGAAACUGAUUCUUCUGAGAAAUCAGACCAUAUCAGUAUGAACGGCGAGAUUGAGUCCCAUCAGCAUAAUGGAGACUGUACCGCAAAAAAUGAAAUGGAGAAAGAGGAACAUCAACCAGGCAGUGUUCCAAACGAGAUCCAAUCAAAAUCAAGUAAAAUUAUGACAUCAGCAGAUGAGACACAGUCUGUAGUUGUAAAUGGGAAUGAAGGUGUUGUGAGUGAAGGCUCAGGUGAUGUGGAGAAACCGGCUGAGACCGAGUGAGAUGUUCGGUGAGGUAGAAGGUCUAAGUGAGAUUUAUCAAGUAUUUGAAAGACAUUAAAACAUGACUGUAGAACUGAAUUUAGUAUCUGUACAACUAACACAAACAAGUGUGCAAAAAACAUGAAGCCAAAUUUUUUCUUUUUGUUUUAAAUUCAAUAAAAUGUUUUGUGACUAGACAA